AAUAAACUUGAUUCAUUGGAUUUUAGCCAAAACAGUUUACUGCGCACAAUGAAACAAUAUACUACUACAAUUAAGUCGUGUUUCGCAAUAUUUUCUUUGCAACUACUGUGUGUACUUCAAGCAAGUCAUGCAGAAGCCCUAACUAAUGCCGAUAAUAAAAUAGAAAUUGCCUACUAUGAGGAAAUUAAAGAUUUGCCAAAUCAUCCUGAAAAACUUCUAAUCGAUGUACGUACACCCGAGGAACUUGUACAGUUUGGUAAAAUACCAACAAGUAUUAAUAUACCAUUGUCAGUGGUAGAACAGGAAUUGUCGGCCAAUGUAAAAGCAGCAGAUUUUAAAGAAAAAUAUGGCCGUGAUAAGCCAGCAACCGAUAUGCAAAUAAUUUUCUCAUGCAGAUCCGGCAAAAGAGCCCAGCAGGCGGCAGAAAUUGCUGUAAAAUUGGGAUAUACUAAUGUUAAGAAUUACAAGGGUUCCUGGCUUGAUUGGGCCGAACAUGAAGGCUUGCCAAAGGAAUAGAAAUUAUAAAAUGCACUACUUACACAUCUUUAUAAAGGGAUAUGGUAUAUUAUUAAAAAAAAAAACUAUUAAAGCACUCUGAUACAACUAUGUACUUUAUUUACGACUUAUUUGAAACACUAAUAAAUUUUUUACAAUUAAUUUUUUAAUAAAUUA